GAUAGAUUUGGGAGGCCGGAAGUUGCUCCCUCAUUGCUCGCGGUUUCAAAUUGCUGCUGAGGACUAAGGACCUGUAACUGACGUCCUCUUUCACCCGCGUUAAGUGUGGGAGCCACUUGUGGAGGGGCAAUUCAUCAACAGACUAAUUUCUUCACUGCCAAAAUGGCGUCAUUUUCUACCUCUGCCCAGUGUUCAACAUCUGACAGUGCUUGCAGGAUCUCUCCAAGACAAAUCAAGCAGGUACGACCAAAAGUGCCACUUUUGAAGAUUUUGCAGGCAGCAGGGGCACAAGGUGAAAUCUUCACUGUUACAGAGGUCAUGCACUAUCUAGGCCAGUACAUAACAAUGAAGCAGCUUUAUGAUCCGCGGGAGCAGCAUAUGGUAUAUUGUGGGGGAGAUCUUUUGGGAGAACUACUAGGAUGUCAGAGCUUCUCUGUGAAAGAUCCAAGCCCUCUCUAUGCUAUGCUAAGAAGGAAUCUUGUUGCUUUAACCAUUGCUACUACAGAUGCUGCUCAGACUCUCGCUAUCGCACAGGAUCAAAAUAUGGAUAUUCCAAGUCAAGACCAACUGAAGGAAAGUGCAGAGGAAUCCUCUAAUUCCAGGAAAAGUACUGAAGAGGGCAAUACUCCCAUACUGUCUACCUCCCGGGAUAAAUGCACAAAUUCUAAAGAAGAUGAAGACUUGAUAGAAAAUUUAACCCAAGAUGAGACAUCUAGGCUGGACCUCGGGCUUGAGGAGUGGGAUGUAGCCGGCCUGCCUUGGUGGUUUUUAGGAAACUUGGGAAACAAUUACACACCUAGAAGUAAUGGCUCAACUGAUUUACAGACAAAUCGGGAUAUGGGUACUGCCAUUGUUUCAGAUACGACAGAUGACGUGUGGUUUUUGAAUGAGCCAAUAUCAGAGCAGUUUGGUGUUGGAAUAAAAGUUGAAGCUACUGAUACUGAACAAACAAGUGAAGAAGUAGGGAAAGUGAGAGACAAAAUGGUGAUUGAAGCAGGAAAAAAUGAUGACCUUGAGGACUCUAAAUCCGUAUGUGAUGACACUGAUGUAGAGGUUGCCUCUGAGGAUGAGUGGCAGUGUACUGAGUGCAAGAAAUUUAACUCUCCAAGCAAGAGGUACUGUUUUCGAUGCUGGGCCUUGAGGAAGGAUUGGUAUUCAGAUUGUUCUAAGUUAACCCAUUCUCUUUCCACAUCUGACAUCACUGCUAUACCCGAAGAGAAGGAAAGUGAAGGAAUUGAUGUUCCUGAUUGCCGAAGAACCGUAUCAGCUCCAGUUGUUAGACCUAAAGAUGUGUAUAGAAAGGAAGAAAACCCAAAACUCUUUGAUCCCUGUAAUUCGGUGGAAUUCUUGGAUUUGGCUCACAGUUCUGAAAGCCAAGAGACCAUCUCAAGCAUGGGAGAACAAUCACCUAAUCUUUUAAAACAGAGAACAGUUAUAGAAAACAUGGAGGAUUGCCGGAAUCUCUUGAAGCCAUGCAGUCUAUGUGAGAAAAGACCACGAGAUGGAAACAUUAUUCAUGGGAGGACAAGCCAUCUUGUCACUUGUUUUCACUGUGCCAGAAGAUUAAAGAAGGCUGGGGCUUCAUGCCCUAUUUGCAAGAAAGAGAUUCAGCUGGUUAUUAGAGUUUUUAUAGCAUAGCUGAAUCAGUGAAUGACAGAAAUAUUAACAGGACCAGGUCACAUAUCAAAACUUAAAUAUUGAGCAUCUCCACUCAGUGUGACUGACCCAUUGUAUCUGUUCAUUUAUUCAUAUAAACAUCUGUGUUACAGGACAUUUUGCUUCUAAACUUACAUGGAAAUUGAGAAUGAGUUCUUUAGAACUAGGUUAUUAAUUUGGGAAUUCCAUUAACUUAUGUUAAUGACUUCAUUCUGUCUUCAAAGAUGAGGAUCUGGGAGGGAGCAACUACCAGACAAACAAAAAAUAGGAUCAUUUACUUAACCAAAUUACUUGAAGAUUAAUCCUUUCUUUAGUUAAUUUUAUUCUCUAAUUUUCUGUUAGGGAAAGUUCUUUUUUAUUUUUAUUUAUUUUUUUAAGAUUUUUAUUAAAAUAUAUCUAGCAUAUACUAUUAGUUUCAGGUGUACACCAUAGUUAUUCAACGUUUAUAGAUCUAAAGACGCGAUCACCACAAGAAGUCCAGCAACCAUCUAACACCGUAUCACGCUAUCACAAUAUUAUCGACUAUAUUCCCUAUGUUAUACAUUACAUCAGGUGUAUAGCAUAGUGGUUAUGUAUUUAUAUAAUUUAAGAAGUGAUUCCCCCUAAUUAGUCUAGUCUUUUUUUUUAAUUUUAAUUUUUAAAUUUUUUUUAUACUGGGGAACAGUGUGUUUCUCCAGGUCCCAUCAGCUCCAAGUCGUGUCCCUCAAUCCAGUCUUGGAGGGCACAACCCACUGGCCCAUGUGGGAAUCGAACCGGCAACCCUGUGGUUCAGAGCUCGUGCUCCAACCAACUGAGCCAUCCAGCUGCCCCCAGUCUUUUUUAUUUUUAAUUCAAUUAUAGUUGACAGUCAAUAUUAGUUUCAGGUGUACAGCAUAAUGGUUAGACAUUUAUAUAACUGAAGUGAUUCCCUUGUCAAGUCUAGUUAUUGAUCCUGACACCAUAUAUACAGAGGGUGCCAAAAAAAUGUAUACACAUUUUAAGAAAGCAAAACUGUUAAAAUUGUAAUACUCAAUAAAUACCAAUAACAAAAAAUGAAUACAAGUCACAUUUGAC